CAUCUCGCCCUUAUUAAUUAGGAUAUUUAAUGACACGUUAAUUAAAUAGGCGAUCAAUUUGCAUCAGUUUAAUAAAACUAUUUCAUUGCUGCAGGACUGUUGGCAUCGACAUGGCUUGGGCGAAUUAAUUUGGCGAUUAAGAAGACAUGGUGGUGUUAUCUCAUUGUUAGAACAGGAUUUGUAUUUCGAUGACAGAAGCCAGUUCAUGAGUCAAUUGGCCAACGACACCCUGAAUAAGUUGAGAGUACUCAAUGGAGUGAAAUUUGAAUACAGCUACUGGAAUAUCCAUACACACGGAUUCGCCGGUCAGCAAAAUACGCAGGUUGAUGCCUUGGCCAUGGACAUACUUUUGGAAUCUAGGCCAAAAGAUGACCAAGGUAAUGCAUUUGUAGAGCUCAUGCAGAUGAAACCCGAGGCUAUAACAAAAGAAUGUCUAAAGUUUCUGACUGAAAAUGAUCACCUCCUCUUUAUUGAUGAGAUGGAGUCCAACGCAGAAUGGGACUCGAUUAAAAAACACCUGUUAUGUGAGUCUACUAGAGCUUAUAUCGUUGUUCUUACAAGAAGUAAAAAUGUGGCCACAUAUUGUGUAUAUCAUAAAGAAUAUCAGCUGCUCAGCCUCAGAGAUCUGAUGAUCAAGGGUUCUGACCGUUGUGGAUGUUCAGAUGGAGGAGACAACAGAAAGGAAGAUGGUGAAUUUGAACUUGAUAACUUUGUUGGGCGUAGUGAUGAGAUGGACUUUUUUUAUCGCCGUAGUCCUGACGUGAAGUUGUUGUGUGUGUGGGGGAUUGCUGGUGUUGGGAAAUCAGCUAUCGUCAGAGAGAGUUUCCACGGCAAAGUGAUAACAGGCGGACACUACAUAAUGCACAGCUGGGUGGAUGUACCCCAUCCUUUCGAUUUGACGGACUUAUGCCGGAGAUUGCUUUUGAAUUUUUAUCCGGAUAAUCUUGAGGCAAAGGAAACUGCAUUAAUUAGUAUGAUGGAAGGAAAAGACCCAAUUCAAGGGUGCUGUAAAAUCCUCCGUCAAAACAAUUGUCUCGUUGUUAUUGAUGGUCUGCAGUCGAAGCAUGACUGGGACUUGAUAAAAAAAGCUUUGUUUUCCCAGCCUGUUAGAGGAAGAACCGUUGUCAUUACACGUGAAGAAAGCAUCGCCACAUAUUGUACUAAUAAAAAGGAUGAAAUUCUCAAUGUCAAAGGUCUAAAAGAUGAUUUGGCCCUUAAUCUCUUCAAGAAGAUUAAUCUCAAAGCCGAGAAACUGUCUCAAUCUUUCCCUGAGGUAGUAGAACCAAUUUUAAAGCAUAUCAUGUCCAAGUGUGGUGGGCUUCCAGAAGUAAUAGUUGCUGCAGGAAAAAUUGCCAUCCCAUACUCAGAGAGAAUUAGUUCCUUGGAGCUUUUCAAUGCUGAAUUGAUGGAAAUAUUGGAGAACUCGUUAAGCUUUCCUAGAUUAAAGGGUAUCUUUUGUUGGAUGCAAUCCUAUUUUGAUGCCUGCUCAGAUGAACUCAAGCCAUGUAUCUUCUAUAUGUCAGUAUUCCCUAUGGACCAAAGCAUUAGGCAAAGGCGUUUGCUCAGGCGGUGGAUUGCAGAGGGUUACUCCUCUUGUGGUGGUGGUGGUGCUGCAGAGAAGGGAGAAAAGCUCUUCUCCGAACUCAUGAAAUUGAGCAUAUUAUAUCUGGAUCAGCGGACAUCAUCAACGACAAAAAGCUGGAUGGUCAAUGGCUUCUUCCGUGAAUACAUCAAGUCACGGCCAAUGGAAGAUAAUCUUGUGUUUGCACUAGAGGGGGGUUGCAGCCCCAGCUCGCGACUCACGGGACAACACCUCACCAUAAGCAGCUGUUGGGACAGGGAUGAGAUUGUGUUCAAUAGCAUGGACUUGUCACGGCUACGGUCUUUGACAGUGUUUGGGAAGUGGGUGCCAUUCCUCGUCUCGGACAAGAUGAAGGUGCUUCGAGUGCUUGAUCUAGAGGGUACUAGUAGGACAUCAGAUGGUACUGCUAGUGUAACAGAUGAUGUUCUGGAGAAGAUCGUGAAGCAGUUUCGUCGCCUCAAGUUCAUGUCCCUGCGUGGAUGCAUGGAAGUCACUCGUCUCCCUGAUUCAUUGGGUGCCAUGACUCAGCUGGAGACUUUGGAUGCCAGGCACACCUCCAUAGUCGAGCUGCCACCUGCUAUCAUCACCAAGCUACACAAGCUUCAGUACAUUCGUGCUGGCACCACCAAAGCAAGACGACUACAAGCAGCAACAAGAGCAGCAGCAGCAAUGCCACCACCACCACCACCACCACCACCAACAACAACAACAACACAAGAAGAAGACAUCCAUAGUGGAAGGAGCUCCUUUGUAGGAGUCAAAGCAGCAGCAGCAUUAGGUGUGGUCCAACGAGCAUCAUCUAGAAUUACUGGAGCAUUGAAGAAUAGGGUGCAUGCUUUGGUGGAAUCCAGCAGCAGCAGUAGCUGGUGGGAGUCGAAGAAACAGCGCAGGCGUCGCGUUCGUGUUGCUGCAAAUGGUGACGGUGUUGAGAUUGUUCGUGCCGCCGCCGAGGGGAUUGGGAAGCUGACGGAGUUGCAUACACUCGGUGUUGUGAAUAUUGCAGGUGGGAAAGACAGUCUCCUACUCCUCAAGGAGCUCGAGAAUCUUACCCAGCUGCGCAAGCUCGGGUUGACCGGCAUCAACAGUAAAAACUGGAAGGGGUUGUGCGAUGCCAUCUCCGGUCACCUCCCUCAUCUCGAGUCCUUGUCACUGCAACUACUGGUGCUGCAGGAGAAUGCCGGCAGCUAUGAGUUUGCUUGUUUUGACCGCAUCUCCGUGCUGCCCAAGACCCUGAAGCGCCUUAAGGUACUGUACACUAGUAGUCGUAACAGUGUUGCAUGCAUAAGGCAAACAUGGACCAGGCUUCCCGAUCCCGUAUGUUUCCAACAUGAGUGGAGGGUAUCAACUGGAGAGGACAUAGGCAUGUUAUUUAGCCGGGAUAUGUUACGAAGCUCUGACCGCCCUCAUGUCCAGCCGGUAGAGGAGCUUCUCACAUUUGGUCAUGUGCCUACACCUGAUGGUUCUGAGUGGAGACCUGUCGAGCACCUCAGGUUUGACUGCCACGGCAUCCGCUCAAGGGUAACUUUUGGACGGGCAACUUUUUUCUCGGUUGAGACGCUCAACAUUAACUGCUGCAGAUCUUGUGGUGGAUCGUCGUGCUUGUGGAUUGACGGGCUAAGGUACCUACAUGGACUCAAGGAAAUCUGUGUAACGGGAGAGUACAGCAGCAGCUUCGCGCAAGACUUGCGCAGGCAACUUGACAAGCAUGCAAACCAUCCUGAACUGAAGAUGUUAAACUCCUCGUAGAGAUCAGUAGUAGCAGAGUGAUGUAUGUUUGUUUGUUACUAUACUUGUGUAUGUCGCAAUAAAUUAGCUACAGUACUGUUUGUUGCAAA